UCACGCCGAGGAAACCUCCACUACGUUUCACUCUUCCUUAAGAAGCUUUGCAUUUGAAGAGAGGACUAUGGCUGUGCUGAAGCUCUCCUCGCUCCUCGCCGUCUACGCUUUGGUGGCCUGCCAGGUGGAGAACGGCCAGGCCGUCCCGCUCAGAGCGGGCUUCGAGCCUGUCACCGACCGAGGCGCCCUGGGGGACUACGAAGCUCGGAGGUUACUCAACGCCCUGGUGAAGGAAUACGUCCAGAUGGCAGCGGAAGAGCCGGACCAGGCCAGCGAAGGAAAUAGCUUGGAUAGACCUAUUUCCAAACGUUGUGCCAACCUGAGCACUUGUGUGCUGGGCAAACUGUCUCAAGAAUUGCACAAGUUGCAAACAUACCCUCGUACUGACGUCGGGGCUGGGACGCCUGGCAAGAAAAGGAAUGUGUUGAGUGAGCUGGAAAAUGAACGCUAUGCAAACUACGAGGAAGCCCUCGGAAGCAACUAGAUGGGCUCAGUUUCCUCUUUGAUUUAUUUUCUUCUUUUGUUUCCUUUUUUUAUUUAACUUGAUGCAUGAUGUGGAUCUAACCUUCACUGCUAACUUUGCUGUGUUCUUUUAGAUCUGAAAUGCUUGGAGUAGAGCAAAGUCCAAGUUAGGAAAUUAAGGACAAAAUGCACACACAUACACUGUUGUAGGGAGCUGGGGAAAAGCAGAAGCCAAAUUCCAAAUUGAUCAGAAUAAGUAACAUUGCCUUGAAAUUUCAACGGAUUUUUUUUAGAUUCUUAUUUUAUGAAUAAUAAUAAAGCAUUAAUUUUUAUUUGAGGCUACUCAUUGUAAAAAAAUGAAAUAAAUAAAUGUCUCUUUCAUGCCUGAUCAUGCAACUGUUCAAUAAACCUAUUUUUCUAUAAGGAAUAGGUCCUGAUUAUAAAUUAUUUUAUACAAUUUUUUUUAAUGUGGGUUUUGCAGCAAAGUUUAAAGAGUUUUCAUCACAAGCUAUAAGGAGCACACUGUGAAUGUUUGUAAUUGUUGCUUAAACAAGAGUAUUUUGAAAGCACUAAAUAUCUGCUUAGUACAGGAUGAAUAAGUAAGAUGGUGACUUUAAUCCAAUGAAGUCAGUGAAAAAGUUCACAGAGUUUGAUAGCAUGAACUUUGCACAUCUGUUCAGAAGUGUAGAAAUGCAACAACUGGUUUCCAAAUGUGAGCAAUAUUGUUCAGUUAUAUUUAAAAAUAUUCUGUUUGACCUCCUCCAGGUAAGAGUUUUAAUAUAUUUCUAUUUAUAUAUUUGAUUUUUUCAUGAAGGAGUCACUUAUUUGGAUUGACUUAACAGCCUGAAGAUAUUUUAUUGCAUGAUAAUCCAAGGUUACAGAGUAUGCCUAUAACUAAAACAUUGAUUGAUAUACUUUUUGUAUUCAUUGUGAGAACAAUCUAGAUCAAGUUAAAUAUUGAAAUCAAUGGGACUUUCAAAAGCCUGAUUUUUGUCAAAGAUGAACAGCAGAAAAAACAAGUUGGACCAUACCUGUGGUCAAUCUAUUUCACUGUCCUGAUAUCUUCUAUGCCCAGAUGGCUCUGAGAAAUGUAGACUCUGGAGAUGAAGGCAACAGCCCUCUCCUCCUCUUGCUUCCCAGCAUCUCCUAUGCAGUGGCAUUGGCCAACCUGAUGCUAUAGGACUGUGAUUCUUGGAAGUCCAAGGUUUGGGCCUCUUAGAAAAGCUAAGAGCUACUGUCCCCACAGAUCUGGAUUGUGCCAGGUUGGGGAAGAAUAGGCAAUGAUUUGGGUUUUUUUGCACUCCAGGGGAUGCUAAAAGAUUGGAAGCCUUUUUCAUCAUCACAUAAAAUAGCCCGGUCUCCCCCAAGAUUGGCAUUCUUGAGGUUUUGCCAACAAGGGGUUGGGGAGAACUGGGAUCAGAUAGCAGGCAGCACUGUGCAAUCUUUUGUAAAAUAAGGUGAUGUUCAAAUCAGAAGCUUGUAUCAAAGACCUUAACUCUCAUUUCUUUCUUUGAAAAAACAGCGUAACAGCACAAAAGAGAGCAUGUAACACGGCGACUUGCGUGACCCAUCGUUUGGCAGAUUUCCUGAGCAGAUCAGGAGGUGUGGGCAAGAGCA